GUCGCAUUGAUUUGAUUAGCCACUGUUCGUUACGCACGCUCUGCAGUUACUCCCUAAACACCGCCAUCUGUUGGCGGGAGAGGGGGGUAGUGGUCAGGAUGCCCAGCGGGGUUCAGUGCGCAUGUGUCAGUUGUUAGAUUCCGGCAAGAAGGAAAACAAAGGAAGCGAAGAUUUUUGUUGAGCUUGGACCAACAUGUGAGAACCUAAUCAGGACUCUACAUGAAUAUCACAGAACUGGACAGCCUAAUGAACUUCUUUUUGGAAAGCUGUGUUUCCACAUGAAACUUAAAUUAUAUUGCAUUGGAUUUGCUUGAGAUUUAAGGAGUACUUACACUUGCCUAUUGUGUAAAUGCUGAAAAUCUCAUUCUUUUCCAUGAAGCGCUCAGGUUUAACACUAAGUUUGAUUUUCAACUGCUGUACACUUGUUUGCACAUUAUAUAAUGGUACAAAUCACAGUACAGAAAGGACCAUUUUGGCAACAAAUGCAGGAUCGCGUCUUCUUUCAAGCCUACCAGCACAUCGUGACAUAAUAGUGAAAGAAGGAACCAGUGUAUUGAUUGAGUGCAAUGUGAACAACAGUCAGUUGCACAAUGUACUAUGGUACAACUCAAAGGGUGAUCUUUUGGAGGAAUCAGGAGAACUAGAUGGAAAAUGGCUUAUUUUAGACAGUGGAGAGCUAAAUAUCACCAGAAUUACAUUUGCCGAUCGAGGUCGUUACACAUGUGUCUCAAAAAAUUCUCAUGGAACCUUAAAUUAUACAGUCACUUUGCGUGUUGUCUUCACUACUGGCGACAUGGGUGUUUAUUAUAUGAUCGUUUGCCUCAUUGCUUUCACAAUUGUUAUGAUAUUGAACAUCACUCGUCUCUGCAUGAUGAGCAGUCAUCUGAGGAAAACUGAAAAAGCAAUCAAUGAUUUCUUUAAGAUGGAAGGAGCAGAAAAAUUGCAGAAGGCAUUUGAAAUUGCAAAACGCAUUCCUAUUAUUACAUCUGCAAAAACGCUUGAACUAGCCAAAGUAACUCAGUUCAAGACCAUGGAGUUUGCAAGGUACAUUGAAGAACUUGCUCGUAGUGUUCCUCUACCACCUCUUAUCUUGAACUGCAGAGCAUUUGUAGAGGAUAUCAUCGAAGCUGUAUGGAUGGAAGAUACAGAACAGGCAACAAAUGAAAAUAAAGAUGGACAGGUAGUUAGGGGCAAUGAGGAUAUUUACACUAUUGGUACUGAAAUACAACGCAGCAGUUCACCUUCAGGUGAAUCAGAUGACUCCUAUGUGCACGAGGAAUGCCAAGAGAUUGCAGUUCAAGUUUCAGUACAUUCCCAAUCAGAAAAACAGAGCAUUGACACACUAUCUCAAGGAAGCAGUCGACUUGAACAUAGUGAAGAGAGUUUACCCAAGAUACAAACAAACAAAACAGAGGGGGUAGUGUAUGAAAGCCAUAUAUAGAUUGUGUUAGGUAUCUUUCAUAUCAACAAUGACUCUGAGGGAAAUGUUCAGUGGGUGAAACAAUUUAAAGCUGGUUUGUUGACAUAUUAAGUUACAAAUGGAUCAGAAGGCAAUUAUAUUCAACCCACAGCAGAAACAUAUGUAAUUGUCACUGUGAUGUUACUUUUCAUAGAAAUAUGUAUGUAAAUAUGUAUGUAAUUUGUCAGUUGCAGACUGCUGCUGAAGAGAUUAAUAGCUGUUUGUAUCUAGAAAGAUGCAAGGUAUGAGUAAGCCUUUCUAUCAUCGUAAGUAGUUGUUUGAUAAUCGUGCUCUAUUUAAUGGAUGUAAAGAUGAUUUGACUGCAUUUAUGAAAAUGAAAGGAUUGUUGUGUAGUAGCAAGUCACCAAUGCAUUACAAUGUCAUUGGAGUUAAUGUAGCAUCUGGUGCAUAUAUUAUUAAUAAGUAUUGUAAUAAGCCAGAAGUUUCCAUUGUAAGCAAACUAUCUAAAAUCUCAUGAUUUUCCAGCCACUUUUCUUGAGAGUCAAUCCGGCCUUGAGGGCAGGACCUGCAAAGUGUAGUUUUUGCAAAGUAUUUGAGCAUUGAUUCAUUAUUUCCCUAGCAAUCCCCAUCCACCAAAUCAUACACUGCAGACUUGGAAAAGGUCAUGUGAGCCCAUGAUUGUCCAGAAGAUCCAUGUGGUAAGGUUGUAUCCUUCAUGGUUGUAGUUGCGCACUAAUUUUUAAAUACCAAAAAGGAUUAGCAGCAAUGUUUCUUUUCAGUCUUCAAAAGUCUAUUUUAAGAUAUGUUUCAUGAUGUCUGUUUUGCUAUACUGAGGUAUGGAAGGAUUUUUGUCUGUGAUAGACCUGCAUUUUAUUUUAUGUUCAAGUGCAUGAUUUGCUUCUGAUGUGUCUUUAAGCAAUGAAUAUUGAAUUAGUUAAUUUCUACAUAAUGCAUGCAACUGUUCCUAUACUCUUUAUUCCUCUUGCAUCACAUUAGUUUGCCAAUCCAAACAUUUCAGUCUAGUAGCUAUGAUCCAAAUCUUUGAUAAAAUAAGUCUUACUUUGUCAAUUCUACGUUUUCUCACUUAUACUAUAGAGUGGUUUAUUACAAAGCCCAAGCAAUCUUGUACAAAUGCAGUGGUGCUUUAAAUUGAAUACUCAGUAAACUGCAUAAGUAGACUGACUCAAUACCUCAUCCAUUUUCACUUUACAUUUUUGACUGAAUCAUUAUUAUUUUUAUUUCUUCAGUCAGUUUAGUUGUAUUUCAAAUUCUACCAUGUACGUAAAUGAUGUUUAAAUUCUUGGCAGCAUAGAAUAAUCCAACAACCAGCAGCAGUCUUCAUGACUGCUUACAGUAUUUCAUAUUUUAUUUCUUUGUUUAACUCAAAUGUUCUCUUAAUCUUUAAAUAAUGGCUAAUAUAACUUAGAAAUUUCAUAGAUCUAUUUUUCCAUC